AUGGCUCAAUUCGUGACUCACAUACAGCCAACGCUGAUGGAGGCAUCGCAAGGUCAUGUACCGCAUCAUCAUGGCCAUCAGGUAGGGGUGCAGCAUUCGUCGCAUUUGCCACACAGUGGCCAUAAUAUGCCAUCGCCCCCCACCGCCCACAAUCAUCACCAGCACCAUCAUCACCAUGGAGGACAUGUCAACUCCUCCUCGCAUCACCAAUCUCAGUCGCAAUCGCAAUCUCAGUCGCAAUCACAUCAUCAUCAUCCAGAGCAGCAGCAGCAGCAACAACAUCAACAGCAGCAGCACCACAAAAAGUCACAUCAGUCGACGGGUCAUGGCAAUGCCAAGUCGCAUCCACAUCACAGUCCGCCAUCGUUGGUCUCCUCUCCUCCGGCGGAGCAUGUUGGCCACUACGACUACUUUCAGCAUCAGCAUGAGCUGACAUUUCAACAUGUUGGUACUGCUCCCGUUGCUGGUACUGGAACUGGUGCCACGCCCGGCAGCAACAACAAGCAUCACAAUAAGCAUGAACACUGUCCCACAGGACACCAGAGUGCGGGCGAUGGCAAUACUUCCUUCCUGCGAGCCGCACGUGCUGGCAAUUUGGAGCGCGUGCUGGAGCAUCUGAAAAACAACAUUGACAUCAACACCAGUAAUGCGAACGGUUUGAAUGCUUUGCAUUUGGCCUCCAAGGAUGGACACAUACAUGUUGUCUCGGAGCUGCUGCGUCGCGGGGCAAUUGUGGACAGUGCCACCAAGAAGGGCAACACCGCGUUGCACAUUGCCUCGCUGGCUGGACAGGAGGAGGUGGUGAAGCUGCUGCUGGAGCACAAUGCCUCCGUCAAUGUGCAGUCGCAGAAUGGUUUUACGCCUCUCUACAUGGCUGCCCAGGAGAAUCAUGAUGCCGUAGUGCGUCUGCUGUUGUCCAAUGGCGCCAAUCAGAGUCUUGCCACGGAGGAUGGAUUCACGCCACUCGCUGUGGCCAUGCAGCAGGGGCACGACAAGGUUGUUGCCGUGCUCCUCGAGAGCGACACACGUGGCAAGGUGCGUCUGCCGGCGUUGCACAUAGCUGCAAAGAAGGAUGACGUCAAAGCUGCUACGUUAUUACUGGAUAAUGACCACAAUCCGGACGUGACCUCCAAGUCGGGCUUCACGCCGUUGCACAUUGCCUCACACUAUGGCAACCAGAACAUUGCUAAUCUCUUGAUACAGAAGGGCGCCGAUGUCAACUACUCGGCCAAGCACAACAUCAGUCCGCUGCACGUGGCAGCCAAGUGGGGCAAGACUAACAUGGUCUCGCUGCUGCUGGAGAAGGGUGGCAACAUUGAGGCCAAGACCCGGGAUGGCCUCACCCCACUCCACUGUGCUGCCCGCUCCGGACAUGAGCAGGUCGUGGACAUGUUGCUGGAACGCGGUGCUCCGAUUAGCGCCAAGACCAAGAACGGUCUCGCUCCCUUGCACAUGGCUGCCCAGGGUGAGCAUGUGGAUGCCGCCCGCAUUCUUCUUUACCAUCGUGCCCCCGUUGAUGAGGUCACCGUCGAUUAUCUGACCGCACUGCAUGUGGCCGCCCACUGUGGACAUGUGCGGGUGGCAAAGCUCUUGUUGGAUCGCAAUGCCGAUGCCAAUGCUCGGGCUCUCAACGGAUUCACGCCCCUCCACAUUGCCUGCAAGAAGAACCGCUUGAAGGUCGUGGAGCUGCUGCUGCGUCAUGGGGCAAGCAUCAGUGCCACCACUGAGAGUGGACUCACUCCGCUGCAUGUGGCCGCCUUCAUGGGUUGCAUGAAUAUCGUCAUCUACUUGCUGCAACACGACGCCAGCCCGGAUGUGCCCACUGUGCGUGGUGAGACUCCAUUGCAUUUGGCUGCACGCGCCAACCAGACGGACAUCAUUCGCAUUCUUCUGCGCAAUGGCGCCCAGGUGGAUGCACGGGCUCGGGAGCAGCAGACGCCACUGCACAUUGCUUCGCGUCUGGGCAACGUUGAUAUUGUGAUGCUGCUGUUGCAACAUGGCGCUCAGGUGGAUGCCACCACCAAGGACAUGUACACAGCAUUGCAUAUUGCCGCCAAGGAGGGACAGGAUGAGGUGGCCGCUGUGCUGAUCGAGAACGGUGCCGCCUUGGACGCGGCCACCAAGAAGGGAUUCACCCCAUUGCAUCUGACCGCCAAGUAUGGUCACAUUAAGGUCGCCCAGCUGCUGCUGCAGAAGGAGGCGGAUGUGGAUGCGCAGGGCAAGAACGGAGUGACUCCGCUGCAUGUGGCAUGCCACUACAACAACCAGCAGGUGGCACUGUUGUUGCUGGAGAAGGGCGCCAGUCCACAUGCCACGGCCAAGAAUGGACACACUCCGUUGCACAUUGCGGCCCGAAAGAACCAGAUGGACAUUGCAACCACUUUGCUGGAGUACGGAGCCCAGGCGAAUGCCGAGAGCAAGGCUGGAUUUACGCCUUUGCAUCUGAGCAGCCAGGAGGGACAUGCCGAGAUCUCGAAUCUCUUGAUCGAGCACAAGGCUGCCGUCAAUCAUCCGGCCAAGAAUGGAUUAACACCCAUGCAUCUGUGUGCUCAGGAGGAUAAUGUUAAUGUCGCUGAGAUUCUGCAGCGCAAUGGCGCCAACAUCGACAUGGCCACCAAAGCGGGUUACACGCCACUCCAUGUCGCCUCUCACUUUGGCCAGGCGAACAUGGUGCGUUUCCUGUUGCAGAAUGGUGCUAACAUCGACAUGGCCACCAAGGCCGGUUACACUCCUCUCCAUCAGACCGCCCAGCAGGGUCAUUGCCAUAUUGUCAACCUACUCCUGGAGCACAAGGCGAAUGCCAAUGCCCAGACCGUGAAUGGACAGACGCCACUUCACAUUGCCCGCAAGCUGGGCUACAUUAGUGUCUUGGAUUCCCUUAAAUCCAUUACCAAGGAGGAUGAGGCAGCUGCUGCUCCGGCUCAGGCCGAAGAAAAGUACCGUGUGGUUGCUCCUGAGGCGAUGCACGAGUCCUUCAUGUCCGAUUCGGAGGAAGAAGGCGGCGAAGACAAUAUGCUAUCAGAUCAACCUUAUCGCUAUUUGACCGUUGAUGAAAUGAAAUCCCUAGGAGAUGACUCUCUACCCAUUGAUGUGACACGCGAUGAGCGCAUGGACUCCAAUCGGAUGACCCAAAGUGCUGAGUAUGCCAGCGGUGUACCGCCCACAAUUGGCGAGGAGAUGAUCAGUCCACACAAGGCACAGGUCUAUGGCUCCUCGCCCAAGGCCACCGUCGAUGGUGUCUACAUUGCCAAUGGCAAUGGCAACGAUGAGCCACCCCAUGUGGGUCGCAAACUGAGCUGGAAGAGCUUCCUGGUCUCAUUCCUGGUGGAUGCCCGGGGUGGUGCCAUGCGUGGUUGCCGUCACAGCGGUGUGCGUAUGAUCAUUCCAUCGCGCUCCACCUGUCAGCCGACGCGGGUGACCUGUCGCUAUGUGAAGCCUCAGCGCACCAUGCAUCCGCCGCAGUUGAUGGAGGGCGAGGCUUUGGCCAGUCGCGUCCUGGAGCUGGGACCCUGCUCGACCAAGUUCAUUGGACCCGUGGUCAUGGAGGUGCCACACUUUGCCUCGCUGCGUGGCAAAGAGCGUGAGAUCAUCAUACUACGUUCGGAUAAUGGAGAAACCUGGAGGGAGCACACCAUUGAUAAUUCCGAGGAGAUUAUACACGAUGUUAUGCAGCAAUGUUUUGAACCGGAGGAAAUUGCUCAACUGGAGGAGCAGGCUGGCAAUCAUGUCUGUCGCUUUGUCACCUAUGAUUUCCCACAGUACUUUGCCGUCGUAUCGCGUAUACGCCAGGAGGUACAUGCGAUUGGGCCCGAGGGUGGCAUGGUAUCCAGCACUGUGGUGCCACAGGUGCAGGCCGUGUUCCCGCAAGGCGCUCUUACCAAGAAAAUCAAAGUUGGCUUACAGGCCCAACCGGUUGAUCCCGAUCUAACUGCUAAGCUCCUGGGUCGCGGGGUCGCCGUCUCGCCGAUUGUAACGGUUGAGCCGCGACGUCGAAAGUUCCACAAGGCCAUCACACUGAGCAUGCCCGCCCCGAAGGCGCACAGCCAGGGUAUGAUCAAUCAGUAUUCGGGCAAUACGCCAACUCUCCGUUUGCUGUGUUCAAUAACAGGCGGACCGUCCCGAGCCCAAUGGGAGGAUGUUACCGGCUCCACACCGUUGACUUUUGUCAACGAUUGCGUCUCAUUCACGACCACAGUCUCAGCCCGGUUCUGGCUAAUGGAUUGCCGUAAUAUUUCUGAUGCAACCAAAAUGGCAACAGAGCUAUACAAGGAAGUCAUUCACGUCCCCUUCAUAGCCCGAUUUGUGGUCUUUGCCAAGAAGAUAGAACCCUUCGAGGCUCGCCUGCGUGUCUUCUGCAUGACCGACGAUCGUGAGGAUAAAACACUCGAAAAGCACGAACUUUACACCGAGGUGGCCAAGAGCCGUGAUGUAGAGGUGCUCGAAGGCAAGCCGCAGUAUAUUGAAAUGGCUGGAAAUCUUGUGCCUGUUACCAAAUCCGGCGAUCAGUUACAGCUGCAGUUUAAAGCCUUCCGCGAGAAUCGCCUGCCUUUCACGGUGCGUGUAAAGGAUCAACAUGCGGAUAUUGUGGGCCGCACUCUGUUCAUGAAGGAGCCCAAAGUGGCCAAGGGAGAGCAACCCCAGCAACCCAUCUGCAUUCUCAAUAUCGUACUGCCAGAAGCGGUAAUACCCGAUUCGACAACAGCAUUCUCAGAACGUGUCACCUCUGCUUAUCGUACCUCGUUGUUCAGCUUGAGCAAGCAUCAAAAUGAUCAUUAUAUUGGGGACAUACGCAUUGUGGAUCUUUCCAACCUGUUGGGCAAAGACUGGAUACAGCUGGCACCAGAGAUAGGCAUCACACCGGAUGAAAUCGAUGAGAUAAUUAAUCACAAUACCGAUAGUAUUGCGAGACAGGCGCAGAGCAUGAUUCGACUAUACAAAGAUAAGCCCAACUAUGAUAUUCUGGCUCUAGAAACAGCGUUAAAGAACAUUGGAAGGGACGACAUCAUGAAAAAGUGCAAGAGUGGGAGACUAUCGCAUUCACGCGAGUUCGAUGAGGCAGAUCUCAUGAAGAACUCUGAAUCUGUAGAGGAGCUGGUGCGCAGAGAAAGCAAGCGAAUCCAGCAAAUCAAUGAACGCGAAGAGGUUAAGUACUCUGCCGAGGAGAAAGAAAUUGAAGAGUCCGAGUCCGAUGAGGAACAAGCCAAACGAACGGUUGCAGAACGUCGAGAGAAGAUUGUCAAGCGUCUUUCGAUGGAGCGCUCUAUACCUGCCUCAACCCAGAAAAAGGAGAUCACACGUGAGAUAACCGAAAUCAAGCGAAAGAGUUUGAUUGAAGAUAAGAAGGCACAUCACGAGUCGGAGAUUCUAAUGCAGCUACCCGCCGACAAUGUCAUCAUCAAGACUGCGGCUGUCCCUGAGCAGGUUAUAAAAAUGAAGAUGGGUAAAUUGGAUUCCACAGAAGUGAGCAAAACCGAUUUUGACAAGGAGUUAACGCACAAGUUGAGAACUUCCGGACGCAGCUCUGAGGAAGAAGAGCAGCACUCUCCAGACAAGGUCGAUAAGAUUAUUCAAGACAUUAGCACCGCUGAAAAGACAUCGAAAGAUACGGCAACCACAAGUCGAAUAGCUUCCAUUACCCGACAGGAAGCAAAAGAUAUGACCGAGGACUUCUUGGAGUUUGAGAAACGCAGCCAACUUCCAGCUGAAACGACAACAACCACAACGACAACAGUCCAUGAGAAAUUCGAUGAGGAGGUCAGAGAGAAGUCCAGUCCAAUAGCAUCGAUGCCACAGGAAACUAUUAAGGAGGUCGAACAGGUUAUCAGCGAGGUAACUGAGACAGCCAGCAAGAAGGUCGAAAAUAUCAUAAGUUCCUUUGAGACUGGCAAACAGGAGAUCAAGGAGAAGAGCACAGAGAUUCUCUCUGAGACAACGAAGGUUACCGAGACCAUAAAGCAUCUUCAAGAUGCACAGUCAAUGGCCACAGACCAGAUUGCCAAAACUAUCGAAUUAGUCGAGAGCUCAAAAAUUGAUGAGAAAAUUGCUGAUUUCGAAGCCAAAAAGGUUAAAUACGAUUUCCAUGGCGGAGAGCCAAAGACGCAAAUUCCCAAAUUCGUAAAGAAACCCAGCGAAGAACCAUUGAAGCCCACAGCGGCACCUCGAGCCAUGGCCGAAGCAGAGUUCGAGAAACCAUCUGAAGCUAAGUUGGAAAAGUCACUUUCCAAAAUACCAGUUAAGGCUGGAGAAGCCGCCAAGAUUGCUGAAGUAGAUGCAAGAAAAUUGACUCAAGAUUUCCUGCAAUCUGAACAGAAGGCGCAGCUUGCAGCUCAGCCUCCAGUCGAGCCUAAGACAGCUCCAGCUGCAAGUAAGAUUCCCAAAGUAGAGCCCAGAAAAUCUGUAGAGAAAGAGACCAAAGUCUCGGAAGAUGUAGUCGAAUCUACUACCAUUUUGAUGUCUGAAAUGGUCACCGAAAUGCCGAAGGAACAACCGGAAAUUUUUGCCAAGGCCGAAGCUGUGACUGAGAAAAUCCAUGAUUUGAUUGACACAUUUCACACACUAGAGGAGAAAGUGAAAACAGUUAAAAAGCCCGAAGAAAUAGUUAGCAAAAUCGAAACGACUUUGAUCUCCGAUGAACAGAAACAGCCCAAGGAAGAUAAGGUGGCAGAAAAGGUAGCCGAUGUUGUCGAAACAUUCCACAAAAUUGAGGAGAAAAUGGUGAUUGAUAGUCGCAAGCAAACUCAUGAUUUCCUCAGCAUGGAACAACAAAGUCAACUGCCAAGUAUGCCCCAAACAUCAGAGAAGAUUAUCAUAUCUAGUCAGACAUCAACGACUUCUGAACCGGAAUCUGUAAUCUCUGUGAUUCCAGCGUCUCCUGCAAGUAAAAUUCCGCAGCCAACCACAACUUCUGAGUCGGAAUCAGUGAUUUCUACAGUUCCAGCAUCUCCUGCUAGUAAAAUACCUCAGCCAGCAACAACUUCUGAGUCGGAUUCUGUAAUUAUAGCAAAGUCAGCUUCUCCAGCUAGUAAAAUUCCGCAACCAUCAACAGCUACUGAACCGGAAUCAGUAAUCUUUGUAAUGCCAGCAUCUCCUGCUAGUAAAAUUCCCCAGCCAUCAACAAAAUCUGAAACAGACUCAUUAAUCUCUGUAAAAUCAGCUUCACCAGCUAGUAAAAUUCCCCAACCAUCAACAAUAUCUGAAACAGAACCAGUAAAGUCAGCACAUCAAGCAAGUAAAAUUCCAGUGGUUGAACCAAGAAAGUCACUGGUGGAGGAAACAACUAAGACAGCACCACAGAAAGUGCAACCACUGAAUGAACGUCAGCUUACUGAGGACUUUCUAAACAUGGAGCAACAAACUCAGCUGCAAUCUCAGCCCGUGAAGAGCACAUUCACAGAAUUGAUAGCAGCCACAGCCAGUAUUGAAACGACAAUCUUGCCCGAAAUUCUACAGUCCACAGAGACUGCCAAGGCACCUACAGUUAUUGACAAGUUUGAAUCUAAAGUCACUGAAACUAUGCCAGAAUCUGAAUUGAAGCUCGUUUCCGGCGAUGGCAUUGAAUCGGCGGCACCAAUUGGAGAAGUGUCACCAUUUGCCACUUGCAAGUUGACCGCCGAUUUUCUGGCCAUGGAAAAACAGUGUCAACUCCCCAGCGAAACUGUGCCGAUAAGAGAGACCAUCAAGGACGAAGGACUUAUUGCACCACUCUCCAUUGAGCCACGAAAGUCUCUCACAGAUGCCGAGUUCUGCAAAUAUGUAGGCGAUACUAUUACCAAAAAGAUGAGCGAGGGUUUAAUUGAAAUGACUGAUGAGCUCAAAAAAAUCGCGAGCGACAUCCCAGACUCCCAAACUCCACCACCAACACCGAGUGAUAACAAAACAGAUAAGCAAAAUGAAGAGCCCGAGAUUGGCAGCUUAGAGCGUGAUUAUCUAGCCGACACUGUGACCACAUUGCACUCGACCACAGAGUCGACAUUUGAACGUGUCUCUGCCAUUUCGACAAUUGAAGGCCUUACAAAAACUACAAUUGGACCAUCCUCCAUUCAGCAUACAGUUAAAAUUUCUCAACAAAUUGAAACAGGCGGCGAUACGGGUAUACAACCAAUCUCAACAGAUACCACUCCCAUACCACCGUCGUCAACAGCAGCUGAAUCUGUGGUCGAAACCAAUACAAUUACGACCACCAGCCACGACACACCCACACCAAAACCUCGCGUACUCAAAGCAAGCUCCCCCGUCUCCGUCUCCGAAGGCACUGAUAGCACCACCAUUCCAACUCAAGUGCAACAACCCGACUUACCGAUCGAUAUAAGUAUUGAUGCCGCCACACCAGUUCCGAAACCACGUGCUCCUAUGAAGCACACUGAUCAGUUUGAGAACCUAGCUGCCUUGGGAGAGCAAUCCGAUAGCAUUAGUCUACGUAGCUUAGAUUUUACAGAGGAACUUUCUAAAACAGACGAACCCUCCACGGAGCUGUCAAUUCGAUCCCAACAACGCGAUGUUGUCACAACCACUGCAACUACAACUGCCUCUGAGGAUCACACGGAAAGUUUCGAGCCCACUAGUGAAAUUUCAGUGGACGAUGCAGAUACUGAGAAAUCCGAAGGUCUCGAGAAAACAACUAGCUUUUACAUAGGGGAAUCAAGUCGAAAUGUGAUUAUCAAGACAUCAACAAAGUCACCAAGUCUGACUCCACAGGAUGAAGAGGCUAAGAUUAUUGAAGCCAAAGACAUAUGCUUGAUGAAGGAGUUUUCCGUUGACUCCGAUGAAGCUAAUGACGCAUUCAAAGAGUAUGUAACCAUGAAACCCGAUGAUCCCCUUGCACUAGACAGCAAAAUAGUCCGACAGGGAUCGGAAACCCGAAACGAUAUCUUGGAAUUUGAAAAUGCUGACAAGGACAAGUCCACCGAUGCUAAACUUUCGAAAGUAACCACCGAGGAAAGCCUUACCACAUCAACCGGCUCAAGUGGUCGUGCUGUCAUUGAGGUGGCACCUUCAAGCAGCGAAGAUCCCGAUGAAUCCAGCAAAGAGAUCCCUGAAAUAGUCAACACAAUUGUUGAAAAGCAAGAGAAAUUUGAGCUACCGCUGGAGAAAAGCGAGUGGGAAAUAUCUGAGAAGGAAAUUCCGACAGCGAGUAAGCCAAAGGUACUACAUUCGCCACAACAACCACAAGGAUCAGUUACCAAAAGCAUUAUUGAUGAUGUAAUUGUGGGUCCACCCAUUUCUGAAGUCCAGGAAACUACAGAAAUACUUAAGAAAGAAUUUAAGCUUAGCACAGAGUCUCAAGGCUUUACAGUUGGAUCUGAGAGUGAGGAUCUGUCAUCCUUUAUAGGAAUACCCGAACUUCAAGCCUCUACAAUAGAUAGCACCCAGCCACCCGAGGGACUAUUCGAUACCACAAUCAAGGAGACGUUGAACAAACAAGCAGCUAUGGCUCAUUAUGCCAAGGAUAUGUUUGGCCAAGUGGAACGACGAGAUGAUCAUGGCUCCCUAGGAUUCGUUUCUACAGGCACAGCUGAGGAUUUUAGCUCCAUGGAGGAGCAUUUAGCGAAGGAAGAACAAGGCUCACUUGGCUUCAUUUCCACUGAAACCGCUGAGGACUUUAGUUCAAUGGAGGAUUAUUACACGGAAAGACUAGCGACUGCUUCAGUAGUCGCUGAAGAAAGCAUUGCAGAUAAAUCUACGGGCAGUGCUUUUGAAGAAGUGAUCUCGGAUCAGAGUAUUAAACCAGUUGACUUGGUGGUACAUCGCAUUAAAACUGAUUCGUCCCCGGAUUCCAUAAACCGUUGGUCCAUUCCAGAUGUGGACAAUUCCAGCUCAAGUGAUAGCUAUCACAAGAGUUUCGAGAAGACACAAAGUCGUCCCCUUUCAUCCGAUGUAGAAAACUUGCUCACUGGAACAGGAACAUCAAGUGACUACCAAACUGCAAGGGACUUUACACCUUCAACCUGUCGAGAUGGCACCGAGUAUGUGAGUGCAGUGAGUACUUUGGGCAGCAGCAGCGGCAAGUCUAUCAGCUCACAUGAGAGCAUGCGCAGUUUGGACUCACAGUCGGAAACCUCAGCUAAUCUGGCAAGCAUUGAUGUAUCUGAACUGUCAGAGACUUUGGUGGCUUCAUCAACUGAAGCAGAUGCCCUAGAGGCUGAAGAAAUGGCACGCCUCCACGAUUUACGGGCAGAUGACGAUGACAGCGAUGAAAGCCUGGACAUGAUAGCUUCAUCAUAUCCCAGUGCAGAGCAGCAAAGCUUAAUGAAGCGUUCACAGGAAAUGAUUUUCAAGCCGAAAUCCGAGUCCGAAGUUUUGCCUCAACAACAAUCCACUGAAGCAAUGCAGAUUGAAGAAUAUCCCAAGCCAAAAGAAGCAGAGCGAACUUGGGGUCUAGCUUAUCCUAUUGAAGAAAAGGAAGGCAUGGUUGAUAGUCCCAGGGAUAGCGAUAAAGGUGAAGAUAUUCUGCUUUACCACAGCGAUCCAAGGCGUUCAAUUGAUGAGUCCAAGCUAGCAUCAAGCCUUGAUGAGGGAAGCAUACUCUCUGUCAGCAUGUCGAGUACUUCCAAUAUUGACACAGUUGUUGAAAACUUUGGAGAUAUUAUCGGAUCUGCAGGAUCAUCUUCGUUGACAGGCAUUGAAGGCUUCCAGUAUGGUCACGAUGAGAUGGUGCCAUCCGCUUCAUUACCUGAGGAUACUACAUUCGUAUUGGAGAUGGAUAGCAAGGAGCACUCGCCCCAAGAUUCGAAUGCCAGUACUCCCCCUGGAGGUGAAUCAAAGCGUCGAGGUCAUAAGAGAAACGAAAGUACCACAAUUUCGGGAGAUGCCUUGAAAAACUUAGAUAAGGAGGCACCAUCUCAAGGCGAAGGAAAGGAAUCGGAAAGCGAGUCUGAUACAGAUCCCUAUGAAUCGGAAUAUGCUCGACAGUUCCGUUCGCCAAAGGAACGCAAGAACAAGAAAAAGAAACAAGCUGCAGCGGAAAUGGAUCACAGUGCCGAGCUGGAGAAACGUCCAUUUACACCAUCUCAACUGGUUGCCGAGGUGAUUGUUGAGGAUGCUACAGAGGAACUCGAGGCUGAAGCAGCCAUGAUUGAAGAGCGCCGACCAUCGCAGAACAUGCAAGAUUAUUCUAAGAUUCCUGAUAUUAUGGUAACCGAGGAUGUCAAGUCCCCGAUAGAAGAGGAAACUGAUGAAUAUCCUGAAAAGAGCCUGUACAAAGUGCGCACUGAGGAGGAGCUGAAUAAAGCUAGUGAUGUUGACGUCUAUCAAGCCAAGGCCGAAGAGAAGGAACUAGACUUCCAAAGACGUGUCCAGGAACAGUACAAGCAGAAACUCGAAGAACUUAAACGCGCAGAAGUCGGUGCCGAUUACGAUGAUCAGAGAGCAGCUGAUUCUCCGGACUCCUUCGAAAUGGUCGAGCAGCCAGAUAUCUCCGAUGAAUUUGUCAUCAUCGAGGAAGUGGCCAAGGAAGCCAAUGAGGUGGACCUAGGUGGCAAGAGCAUUAAAAUAAAGCCAACGAAAUACGAGCAGAAGCACGAUGAGGAUGUUGAGAAGAUCAUCAUCAAAUCAGCACCAGCUGACCCCAAACUCGGCUCCCAAUUGUACAAGGAUGAUCUCAACUUUGAGUUUGAGGAAAGUCCUCCAACGGGAGCAAGCAGCAGCAGUGAGCAGCAGGAGGAAAGCGAUUCGAGCGACACAACAGCAGCUAACAAGCGUUGGGUUGAGAUGCAGUUGACGGAUACUCAACUACGUUAUCCCUACGAUCUCACAGGUGCAGUGCUGGAGGACAUCAAGGAGGAGGAUGGAGAAUUCGAGGUGGGCAGCAGUCGCAUUAGCAGCUUCAAGGAUUCAUUCUCGAGCACACCCGAAUACGAUCUGGCAGCUCGUCGUUAUCAUUCGCGAGGCGAGCACGACGAUGUGUCCAUGAGCAGUCUGCAGGAGUUCGAGUCCCUGGAGCAGGCCAUUUCCCUGGAGAACCGAAAUCGCACCCACCAAGGCUCCACGGACUCAAGUAACGGCAGCUUCACUCGUCGCUAUAUGGUUAGGCACAGUGGCAGCGGCACAGCACCCGGCGAUGAUGUGUCUAUAUCCAGUCUAAAGGACUUUGAGGGUCUGGAGAAUGCCUGCAUUGAAGCGCACCUUAUUGAGAUCAAGGCCAAGGAGGAGGCAGCCUUGCUCUCACGCUCAGAUGAAUCCAACAAAUCGAACAGUAGUGAGAAUGGUGCUGCCGGAAAUGUGGUUGUCACCAAAGUUACACGCACCAUCACCAGGACCGAGGUUGUGCCCACAGGUCAAUCGGAAAAUCUGGAACUUUUGCUCAAACAAAAAUUGGAACGGGAAGACUUUGAUGCCAAGGGAGGCAGUAGUACAGUCAAGGUUACUGAUAUAACAAGCACAGAGCUAGAUACAAAGUCGAAGAUUGAUAGCCAGGAUUCUGAAAAGGAUAGCAUCGAUAGCAUGGAGAUCAGGAGUCACGACAUGAUGACCAGCAGCAUGGAGAGCUUCGAUAUAUCCAAGGAUGCCACAACGCGAUCGGACAUUGAUUCCCUGGAAAUUGAUAAGCGACAUUCGCGACAGGAAAGCAUCGAAUCUUUCGGAGAUGAGCAGCUGGAUCUCAUGUCCAAGUUUGUCAGCGGAGGUGGUGUUACAUUAGGAGAUGGUCUGACUACCACCACAACGACAACAACCACGAGCACGGAUGCCGAUGGCCAAGAACACACCGUUACCCGCGUGAUAACCACAACGACAAGUUCUGGUGGCGGUGGAAUUCAAGAAUUACCUCUGGAUGAGAGCAGCAUGUCCAAGGACAUAUCUGUAGAUUCUCUCAACCUGUUAAUAGAGCAAACCACCAGAGCGGGCACCACAGCAACCAAUAGAGCGGGCACCACAGCCACGUAUCAGACCAGCGCUGGUAACUCGCAGAUGUCGGGAAGCGUUACAAGCUGCGCUUCUAGUACGUUAAUGGAGGAUUCAUUCCCUGGUGUGGGUGGCAUGUCGUCGUCACAAAUGUCGGCCAGUUUCUGGUCACAUGAUGAGUCCACGGUGGUUGAGGAUGAGGACCUAAAGCAACAACAACGCCAGUAAGGAUGACAAGUUGAGAAUUAAUUUUAAAAGGGGCUUGAACAAUGACUAAGAAUAUUUGGCUAGACAUGAAGUCCCAGUAAGGAUGACAUCGAAAGCGCAACCUUGAUAUGGACCACGAUUAACCAUGAAACACUGGAUGAAUUACCAACAAGAACAUCAUCACCAAGUUGAUACGUCACUGAUUUGGACACAACACGAACUUGAUUAUUGAUAAAUACAGAAAACUAGCAAAAUUUGUCAUUUUUUCAUCAAUAUAAACAUUUUAAAUGAAUUUAAAAUGCAUACAUGAGUUUUUAAAAAAACUAAUAUAUAUAUUUUAUAUAUUUAUAAAAACUAUAAAAUCGCAAAAUUGAUAUUGAACACGGCAAGCAUUCGCUGUUUCGCAUUUUCUAUAAUUGGCUUUAAUAAGUAUUUAAAAAUGAAUGAAAAACUUAAAAAAAUAUAUAUAUAAAUAUGGAAACAAUUUUUGUGCUGAUCGCGUUGUAAUAAUGGAAUGCAAAAUUAAUCUUUGCUUUUAAUUUGAUGUAGUUAUACUUACUUUUAUGUACGUACUUAUUAAAUAAAUCGCUUAUUAUUGUAGUUUAAUUUAAGCAAAAUAUACAAGUGCAUAUGUAAAGAGCAAGUACGUAGUCAAGGCCUGGGAAGUGAAAUGCUUUUAAAGUCUCAUUUUUUACAAGAACCAAGCAAAUUUUUACGCUUGCAUAUUUUAAUGAGAAAUAUACAUACAUAAAUACCUACAUAUACAA